AUGUAUUUUUAUAUAUUGUUUAUUUUCAUUCAAUCUCAGGGUUUUGAAUUGUUCAUUGAAAAGGAUAAGUAAUAUCUCAUUGCGAAUGAUAAUAAAACCGAUAUUCGAUUUUAAGAUGAGACUUUGGAGUAAUCUCAAUGUCAUCCUUCAAAAUAAUAUUUAGAAAACUCUAAUGAAAAGCAUACCAAAUUUAUAUUCAAUAACAAUCAUCAAGAAGACUAGAUCACUGUAGUAAUGCAUCCUUUAGUAUAUGAUACAGAUGUCCUUAACAUAUUGUAUUCACCCAAAAAGAAACCAUACGAAAUAGAGCCAAACUCAUCAGAAUAAUUUAUUAUCUCUUAUGAAUGCAAAGCUACCAAGGAUUAAAUUUCAUGGAGUUUAAUAGUAUUAGAAUUUUAAGUAUUCUUCAAUCAGAAUCAUUCUUAAUAUUACGCAAUCUACUUUUACAAAUAAUGCCUAUAGACAGAACUAUAAAUCCAUCCAUUAAUUAUAUUAUUAAUUUUGGCAGUAACAUUAAUAAUAAUAGGCACCAAUUAUGGAUUAUAAGAAAUUAAAAUGCUUGAGUAAAUAAAGACUGAUGAAUUCAAUGCAAAGACAUCAGUGUUAUUUAUUUUAUCUGCAAGUGUAUUAUUAUUUUGUCUAUUUAAAUUUCCAUAAAUUGGAUAAUUAGUGUUGAGUGUAGUGAUAUUCUUUUUGGCCAUAAUGAGUAUUUAAAUAAUUAUAGAAGAUUAGUUAUAAAAAAUGAUAGGAAACAACACAUUACUGAAGAUUGUGUCAUAUUUAAUUAGUUUUGGUAUUGUAUUCUCAUAUUUCUAUUAUAAACAUUGGAUAAUAAAUAACAUUGUUGCAUUUCUAAUAACACUUUUGAUGUUCAAGAUAAUUGAAAUAGAUAGUUUUAAAACUGCCACAUUAUUAUUGAGUUUGGCCUUCUUUUAUGAUAUAUUUUGGGUAUUCAUAAGUCCUUAUUUUUUUGGAACUUCUGUUAUGGCAUAAGUAGCUACAUCGAUAGAUUUGCCUAUGAAAUUUAUAUGUCCACCUUUGAUGAUUUCAAAUACUUCUCCUUUAAUGAGAUGUUCCAUACUUGGUUUAGGAGACAUACUAUUACCAGGAAUCGUGAUCAAGUAUGUUCUAAAAUUUGAAAAUUUGUUGAAUAAAGGUUAUUGUAUGUACAUUACCUCGAUAAUUGGAUAUUGUAUUGGAUUAAUAGUUUGUAUGUGUUCCUUGGUUAUCUACUAAUAAGCAUAACCAGCAUUAUUAUACUUAGUUCCUAUAAUAUUGAUACCUGUGAUUAUUAUGAGUGUCAUAAGAAAACAAUUUUAUUAAUUAUGGAAGGGAUAGGUAUUUAAAUCAUAGAAAUAAGCUGGAGUUUAUGAGUUGCAAUAGAGUGAAUAAGUUUGAUAUAUAUAUUAUAAAGUGUAUGAAUAAUAUUAUGAAUU